AUGGCAGCUUUUGAGUGUCCGUAAAAUUAGUUGCCGAUGUCGAAGUACAUGAAGUCCCAGAUAACCAUGAACAAGUAGGAUUUUAGCUCAAAAAAUUUUAAGGAGACGUUCCUUUUAACAUCUCACAGCUCUAAAAAUUAGUGCAACUCUUUGUUUUCGUAUUAUAAGCACACUAUUACGAAUGACUCUAACAUUAAAAUUAACCAAAAAAAUUAUGUGCAAUUAUUACUUUAGCAAGUAUUUAAAGUAGUCCAAAUACAAUUUGCUAAAUUGCAUUCACUUUAUAAACUUAAUUCUUCACAGUAGCAUUAUUGAUAUGUAUCUAAAGUCUACCCAAAAAUGA